AUGACUGCGACACCGUUCUUCACAGCCGUACAAGGCACAUCCCUCCCUCCUCUCGAGGGCACAACGCUCCUUGUACCAGCAGUCUCUAUCGGCUCAGUGCCCCAGCUGGCCAUCGACUUGGUCCUGCACCACCCUGACCUCAAGCUCCGCAAAGUUGGCCGCCUCGACCCUUCUUUCUGCUUCCCAUUUGUCGGACCUUUCGACUCUGCAGAUGAUGAUGACCUUACGACUGCGCUAGAAGUCUUCUCAAACGGAACCUUGACCGUGAUGCAACAGCGUUCACCAGUAUACAAAUCGCGCGACACCGAGUACAUCUCUGCUCUCACCCAAUGGAUACUUUCGUCCAACUUCACCGAGGUCCUAUGGCUGAGCUCAAUCGAUGCAGCUGCAAGAACGGAUGAAGAGUUUUCCACGCCUAUCCUGCAUCUCCUUCCUCCUAACGCCUCAGCUUCAACACCUCUGCUGAGCACAGUUUCGAAGCGCUUCCCAGCAUUCAAGCCUCCAAAGAAUUCACAUGAAAGGGUAGAGAGCUCAAAGGUGCCACAUAUUCCAGGAUCCCUAUUGACACGAAAGCUGCUGCGUCGUGUCGGAGAGAGCUCAGAAGGCAACCAAGUCAAGUUGGGAGCGUUAUUGUAUUUCGCAGCUGAAGGUGACACCAGACAAGACGCACACAAUCUCGCAAAUGUGGUCCUGCUCAACCUCCUAACACCUUCGUCAGAACCAAAAUUGAGAGGAUGGGGAGAGAAGGUGCUCAAAGAGCCAGCUUCAUGGUCAGCGCUGUUCGGUCAGCCAGCAAACUCUGCUCUGUACGCCUAG